CGCAAACGCAAAUGCAAAAAACAUAUCUGGUAGAAUUGAUGACUAAUCUAAGUGAUCUAUUUUUUUUCGCUUGCGAUCAAUGUAGAGCGGGCUUUACACAUUCUCUUUUGAUCCUGGCCGCUCUUAGUCUUCUCUCCGCUAAAACUUAAUUCGGUGAUUCGUAGUCAAAUAACGUGGACAUCGCGGCGCUCGUGAACAAAACAUAAAAUGCACCCGUGGACGCUUUCAUGACUUUCUUUGCUUCCGACUUCCUUGGUUGUCUUUUGUCGGUUUUCGAAAUAGUUUAAAUGUCAGAGUCAGGAACUUGUAUACGAAGGUUUAGCUUAUGAGUUGAUAUAACCACAAAAAUUGAACGAAAACUAUAAAGAAGUGCUAAAAAGGUAUACAAAGAGAGACUGAAAGCACGUUAAUUUCGUAAAAAGAACUUUUCUCUCCGAACAGAGUAUCCACUGUUAGUUAUUAAGUUCUUCAAAACAUGCAGGUUUAAUUAAAUGAUUUUUUUAAAAUGCAUCAUCAAUUUCACGACGAUGAAGAAGAAUUUGAACCAAGAAUUACACCAAAACCUAUAGCAAAACUUGAUCAUUUUGCAGUGCCAACUGUGCCAGAAGUAUCUUUAAUUUUUGAAAAAUCACCAGCACAAACUUCUAACAAAAAUAGUAGCAAUUCUUUGUCAGUAAGAUCCUCUGAGAAUAUUGCAAAACAUAGUUCUACAACUCCUGUGUCAUAUAACUCUAAUUCUUAUGCAACAUGGAGAAAACAAAAUUAUUUGGGAGAGACCAAUUCUACAAGUACAACUUAUGGUUCACCAUCAUAUAAAAAUGCCUAUAACUGUAGUCAUGUAUCGCACUCGAAUUUUCAAGAUGUUUCCAUACAAGCAAAACAAAGACAAGAUAAGAUAUGUGAUAUGCAAAAAGAACUAGUGAAUACAAGAGUUAAUGACAGAAUAUGUGAGAAGAGUACUCAGUUAAAAUGUUCUGAUAUAAUCAAUUCUCCUAAUUUUGAAGAGGAUAUGUCACAUUUUAGUAACGGACAUUUGUCUUGUAAUUCUCGACAAAAAGGACCAUAUGGCGUACCUGACUACACUAAGAGACUGUCUAAUGGUGGCGUUUCGGAUGCUCUACAGAAAAUUGAACAAUUACCAUGCAUUGGAUAUCAGCAAUUUUCCACACCUAGCUCAAAUAUAGAUAAUAAUGAAACAGUGAGAACUUUGUUGCAGCUUGUAAAUAACCAGAGCGAACAGAUUAAGACUUUGCAACUUCAGGUAGAUAGACUAGUAAGAAUGCAGGAAGAGACUUUUAGGAACAAGUCAGCAUGUCUUUGUUCACAGUCUCUUGCAAAUCAAGUAUUUAGAUGUCCAACAAUAAAUCAUUAUGAUACUGCCAUUAGUUCUUCUAUUGGACAAUCUCAGAAUCAGAGUAUGAAGAAGCCUAUGAGUUUGCAGAGUACAUCUGUUAUAGAGAAGAAAGUCUUGGACAGCUUUAAUAAAGAAGGUAAUUCAGAAACAGCAUUAAUGGAACAACAAUCGAAGAAAGCUUUUAUGGAACAAAAGGUUUCAAUUGGUGUCAUGACGAGUUUUGAGUUUACUGUAGAAAAUAAUCCGUUUCUAGUAGAUGCUGAUAAAUAUGAGAAAAAAGAACUUGAAAAUAACAUGGACAGAAGAAAUGCUAUAAAUGUACACGAUACAACAGAGCCUGUUAUGAGAUAUAAGAAUACAUUUACCUGUAGACCUGUAGCGGCACAAUUGGAAAAUAUAGUCGAAGUUGCGGAAAGUAAUAUGUCUUCAAGUCAACAACAAAGUAGUAAUUUUAAUACAAGUUCUGUGAGAGAUUCGGAGAGACAUAUAUCAAGACAGUCAGAUUUAUAUAACAUGGCUAAUGCUUCAGAAUCUUCAAAAAUGUAUCAGUGCCAUGCUCCGGAUUUAACUAAAAGAAAAAUGCCCGAGGAAGUGUACAUAGGAAAAAGUAACACUGUAGACAAAGAAGUGGAAAAUGCAGACAGAAUGAUGAACGCAUCUAUGAACGUGAAUCGUAGUCCUGCUGAAAGUGCAAAUUGUAGUAAGGCACUUAGCAAUUUACCUAAUUAUGUUGCGAUAAAUAAAGAAAAUAGCAACAACAAGAUGAAUGCUUAUGAAAACGCCUCACAGAAUUAUUUACCUAUGACAGAUUAUUAUCAAAACUAUAGAGAGAGAGAGCACAAUGUUAAACAAAGUAGAGAUAUAAGUGAUAGUAUGACACUGAGCGAAGGUGAUCUUAGAGUAGUUCAAAGACCACCACCAACUCCAGAACCAAGUAUUCACGUUGAGAUGCAAGAAUAUUCGAGCGAUGAUGAGAGUGAUAGUGUGAAACGUACACCAAAAAUAGGUUGGACCUUAUACAACAAUGUUUUGGGACAAGUUAAUGAAAUCUUGCAAAAUUCUGGCGCUAUGGAUGAUAAAGAUGAAAAUAACGUUAGAUCAACUAGCAAAAAUGAGCAAGAAUAUGAUAGGGAAGCCAAAACAGCUGUAAACACUGUCAAAGUAACUACGUUGGAGCAACUUCGAAAACUUGGGAUCAGUUUGACUGAAAACAAUGAACAUAAGGAAGCGAAUGCUAACAAGUCGUUGGAUUAUGAUUCGUCUUUUUAUCCCCGUUUGGAUUGCCAAGCAAAUAUGAUACAAACUACCAGUAUUGUAAACGAAACAAACACGAGUAUGCAUAUGAAAGCGCUGGCAUUAAAGUAUUUGAACGACGAACAACUGGCUGAUAUAGCUUUGCAUAAGCAAGAAUCGUUAAAACAUCUUAUGGUUAGUAACAUGCAAGGGACCAAUUUGUCGUUUGCUACAAUGCGAUAUUUAGAAAGAUAUCAACUUAUACCGGGAAAGAAUAACAUUCAAAUGGAGGAUCAAAUAUAUGGUGAAACAGCAUCUAAACACGAUUUUAAAUUGGCAAGUGAAAAAGAUAAUCCUGCACUUCGCCGACGUCCUCUUGUACAAACAUCUGGAACCGCUUGUCCUAGUAGAAUAUUAGAUCUUUCAGCAUUAAAAAAGCAACCAAAAUUAUUAUAACUUUGAACUUACGUAUCAACUUACAUUAAUAGCUUUUAUAUUAAAAAAAAAACAAUAUAUUUAUAUAAAAUUUUUAUAAUUGUGUGUGCCGUACGCGUUGGCACGCGUGUGAGUUUGACAGAGUGAAAUAGAGAGAGAAAACAAAAAAAAAACAAAGUGUUUAUAUGAAAUACUACAAGAUAGUUUAUUCAAAGUUUUUUUAAAAAAUAGAAAACUACAUAGACUGACGUUCUUGCGAUUAUUUUUACAUAUAGCAUAAGUUUUUAUUUUAAAGUACUUUCUUUUCAAAAAAGAAUCUUUAAUUUUCUCAGCAAUCCCGUUGAUUACAAAUCAGUUAGUUAAAGUCGGCGCUUAUCUAUUCA